AUGACUAAGUUUUCUUCUUUUUUUCUAUGUUUCCUAAUAGCCGGGACUUACAUGACUCCAGAGUGUUUCAACAUGGAGAUCAUCGGUGGGAGAGAAGUGUCGCCUCAUUCCAGGCCAUUUAUGGCUUCUGUGCAGUAUGGCGGCAAUCACAUUUGCGGGGGCGUGCUAAUCCAUCCACAGUGGGUGCUGACGGCGGCCCACUGCCACUAUCGGUUUGCCAAAGGCCAGUCUUCCAAAGUGGUUUUAGGAGCACACUCUCUCUCAAAGAAUGAGGCCUCCAAACAAACAUUUGAGAUUAAAAGAUUCAUACGAUUCCCAAGAUUUACAUCAGAUCCUAAAUCAAAUGAUAUUAUGCUGGUUGAGCUUCACUCGGCCGCAAAACUCAACAAACAUGUCCAACUGCUCCACCCAAGAGCCAAAAAUGAUAUUAAAGCUGGAACAAAAUGCCAGGUUAUUGGCUGGGGAGCCACUGACCCAGAAUUUUUAAGGCCCUCUGAUACCCUGCGAGAAGUCACUGUUACUGUCAUAAGUCGAAAAGUUUGCAACAGCCAAAGUUAUUACAACCACGACCCUAUUAUAACUAAAAACAUGGUAUGUGCAGGAGAUGCCAGAGGCCAGAAGGAUUCCUGCCAGGGUGACUCAGGGGGCCCCUUGAUCUGCAAAGGUGCCUUCCACGCCCUAGUCUCUGGAGGUCAUAAAUGUGGUGAUGCCAAGAAACCUGGAAUCUACAUCCUAUUAACCUGGAAAUACCAGGCUUGGAUCAAAAGCAUCUUGGCCCCAUCUCAUGCAAACUAA